AUGGCUUUUGAUAAAUGUGAAGAUGAAAAUGUCUUUAGAGAUAAUUUUUUUGGUUUGCAUGCUUUCAAACCAUUUAGAAAAUGUCAUUCCGAAAAAAAUUCAUUAUUUAGUGGAAAUAGAGAUAAAAAAAAGUUUAUUAAUCAUUCUAAUAAUAGUAUUUCUUCUAUUUUAAAUGAAACAAAUAAUGAAAUAAUGAUGAAUGAUAAAGAAAAAUAUAAUCAUUCUGAUGAUAGAAUUUUUACAACAAAUUUUAUAGAUAAUAUUCACAACACUUCUUUGAAUGAUGAUCUACAAAGAAAUAUUUUUACAGCUUACCGUCGUGUUCCAAUAAAAAUUCUUAUUGGUGUUUCUGAUUGUUUAGAGAAGAAAGAAUUUAUUGAUGAUUCUUUUAACUAUGAAAAUAAAUUUUUAAAAACACGAAUAGAAAAAAUUAAUGAAUUAGAAGCUUAUAAUGAUAUGUCAUCUAAAAAUGUCUCUAUAACAAGACCAUACAUUAACUUUGAAAAAAUGAGAGCAUCAACAAGAAAAUGUGUUGAAUAA